UUGGAACAGCCAAUUCCUACAAUUUGGGUUUAGCUAAAGGAAUUAUGGGUUUAUUUUAGGCCUUUAUUUUCUUGUCUCAUUCCUUUGUUGCUAUGGUAACCUUCCACAUCCCCCAAAUUGCCCCUUCCUCUGGCUGAUGGGUGGUCCUUUAUCUUUUCUUCAACGAGGCUGGUGCACACACAGAGGUGGUUGUUUUGUUGCCUCUAUCUCUUUCUUGCUUUCUUCUUUUUCUGGCGUGUUUGUUGUAGAAUAGGGAAGGCUGGAGACCAGAUGACGGAAAAUUGAUCCAGCCGGUCACAGAUGGAGAUGUGUGAGUCGAGCUUGAGUGGUUCAGGCCUCCGAGUGUCACGUUUCUCUCGGCCCUCCUGAAGUGUGGUUUUUCAAACAAUACAUUUGGACCCAAGAGUCCUCCCUCUUCUCAUCCACUCAACAUGCACUUAUUAUUAAAGUCUGAAACAUGGUCCGUGACACAGAACAUAAAUACACUUAUCAGAAAAUGCUCUGCUGCAAAGCCAGUAUGAGAAAGAGGAAGUGCUACCUACUUCUCUGCCACAUCCUCUCAUUUCAGAUUAUCUUCCCUUUCCGACCCUGUGACAUGUUAUUUUCUCUUAAAGCAACAAUUUGAAAUCGAGCGCAGUCAGGCCUUUCUCAUUGAUAGGAUUUACAAGAGCUGCCAUUCAGAUCGAGUGCAGCUUUCCACUUCUUCUAUCGCUGUUUUGACAGUUUGUGGAGUUGACAUCAGUUAAGGAAGUCGAUUCAGCAGAAGUCGCACGGUUCUGUCGCUCUCAGAGUGCUGAAGGUUUUAUUAACAGGCCAGUGGAAUCGAAUAGCGAUGGAGGCCGACAUCUUUGAGUACCACAAAGAAGAAGACAAUCUGGAUGUGGAGUCUUUUCAGGGAGAUAAGAGGAAACUCAUUCAGCCAGCAUCUUUAAAAGACCCAAAACUUGAAAAGCUAAAGGAGGAACUGGUUGAUUGGAUCAAUAAGGCUUUGAAACCGGAGCACAUAGUGGUUCAGAGUCUGGAGGAGGAUCUGUACGAUGGGCUGGUACUUCAUCACCUGCUGUCCAGGUUGGCAGGUGUGCACUUGACCAUGGACGAGAUAGCGCUGACCAGCACGGCUCAGAUCCGCAAACUGGAAGUGGUCCUGGAGGAGUUGGAUAAGAGGCUGGGUCUGCAGGACUGCAGUGACAUCAAAUGGAAUGUCAAACUCAUCCACAACAAAGACCUUCUGGCCACUAUUCAUCUGCUGGUUGCCAUGGUGAGAUGUUUCCAGCCUGAGCUGGAUUUGCCACCAAAUGUGAAGGUUGAAGUUGUAGUCGUGGAAGUCAGCAAAAGUGGAAUCAAAUCAGAUGUGCAGACAGAAGUUCUAACAGAGGAGAGCAGCAGCAUGAGCUCCGACUCCCCCAGCAAUGCUGAAAGGGAGGAUCCCAUCGAGCAACUGCUGAAGCUUGAGGCUCAUAAGGUCAACACAGUGAAGAAGGCCAUCUUACAUUUUGUCAACCAGAACGUGGCAGCUAUGGGUCUGCAGGUGGCUGAUAUGGACAAACAGUUUGCUGAUGGUGUGAUUCUGCUGCUGCUGAUUGGACAGUUGGAGGGCUUCUUCGUUCCGCUCUUUGAGUUCAACCUGACCCCUGUCAAUGACUCUGAGAUGCUCCAUAACGUGACCUUGGCCUUGGACCUCCUCAACGAUAGCGGCCUGCAGCUGUCUACUGUUGACCCACAAGAUAUUGUCUCUCAGGACGUCGUCGCCACCUUGAAGGUCCUGUACGCCCUGUUCAAGCGGCACAAAGAGAAGUGAAAUAAAAAGGCAUAAUGAGAAGAGGAACUGAGCAACUGGAAAUACAAACAAUGCUGGGUGGAAGCUUUGGCCAAUUAGCAAAGGAUGCUGUUGACUGCUUUUUAGACACUUGACUGACGCUGUCAUUCAGGAUAAUGUACAGGAUAAUACUGGUUUUAUGCAACCUCGAUUUUCAAACAUUUGGCCAUUAUUUCAACCUAUUAACAGUCACAGUGAAGUGGUGGUGCAUUUAACAUAUGAGAGAUAAUUGACUGUUUCUAGGCACUGAAAUAGGGCAGAAAAAAGGUUCUUUUUUUUAUUUAUCUGCCUUUAGCCAACACAUAUUGUACGUCAACAUUAUAUCUUGUAGUUAAAUAAGCAGCACCAAUAACUUCAGGUUUCCAGGGCUCAGGUGUUGGAGGCAGCUGCUGCAGCAAAUGGCUUUGGCAGGAAUGUAUCAGAAGACUGAUAGGAGGAAGUGUAAAGUUAUGACUGUUUGCAUCUUACUGAGCCAGGGAUGGGAAAGCAUGAGUAAAGCAGCUGAUGCAAGUAAGUUAAUGCAAAUAAAACUCCAGAUAAGAGCUCAAUGACAUCAGUUAAAAACAGCAGACAACUGAUCAAACAGCUUUUAAAUAAACUCCCAUGCUUAGUCGAACACCUUUCAAGAAGAAAAUAAAGGAAGGGAUGGUGAAAUUGUUACCCAAGCUCUCUAUUGUAAACAUCCAUCACAGUUUACGUCCCAACUUCCUCGUUUCCACAGUUUUCUUGUGCAAAGUAGUAUUACGACAACCCAAGUGUGCCAACUCUUCUCCACAGCCUGCCUGAUCAUCUAAGCGCUCGUGUUGUUUGUCACCUCUGACUUGUAGCGAUGUCGUCAGCUCUCACAUCUCGGCAAUUACUUUAACGCUUACAUCUUUAUCAUAUCUGAAGAGAAUAACAGUCCAAGCGAUGAAAUAAGACCUAAUUUGUAAUAGUACUGAAUUACUACCCUUUAAAAUGAUGUAAGAAAAUAACCGUCAUCAGAUGCAGACUCAUGAGUGCCAGUGAAUAUAUGUCUGCAUGGUAUGUUUAAGAGUAAUUAAAACUAUUAUCUGUUCGCAUCUUAUUGACAGCAUAAAGACAAUGACAUUUUAAUUGACAGCGUAAAUAAUGUGUCGACUUUUCUUUGUGUACGUGUUUUUUUUGGUUCGCAUUCUGUCGAAAGAUGUUGGGUGUGGAUGUCAGCGCGCUUCAUUCAAGUGUCGCUCCCUAGUAAUUUAGUGCUUUUUCCUCUUUCUCCUUCUCCUCUUCUUUCGCUGUAUUUCCUUUUCAGCCCGACUAUUGGAACAUGUCACUUUUCAUUCUUGCCAUACCGCUCCCCUGUCUUUGACUGUCACUUCUCAAUAAGCAAUGUGAAUUUCUUUUCCUGCCUCUCCAUGCGUUCCUGCCGGCAGUGUGUGACCUCUUUUUGUCCCCCCUUUUUCUAUUGAAUUGUUCACAACUCAGUGCCACACAAUUGCAGAGAGCAUCCAGCGACAGACAAACAAUAGACAGGAUUAUAACAAAGCGCAUUUAGCUAAUUAUGUGAUGAAUUUUGAAAAAAAAAGUCAACUAAAAGUGGGAAAGUGCACUUAAUUUUCUCCUCCUAUCUUCAUUUAAAUAUAAUUUAUUCAAACCAUUAGUAGUUUUUAUGUGGAACUCUGUUAUAUUUCGUCGUUCCUUUGUGUUAAAUAUUAAUAUCAACAGCUGUCUACCACUGCGUCUGUGGUCUAGCCUUUUAGAUUCAGUUUGUGUAUUAGCAAAUUGCUGUGCGUCUCUUUGUUUUUGUCUUUGGGUUAAUGUAUGAAAUUUGUGUCCCAUUAAACAGUAACAGCCACGA